UCACUUUCUGAGGAACCUUAUCAAAAAAUAGUGUCAAUGUCUGAAUCUCCACUCGUCCUCGUUCAACGGCCACCAACAUUUGAUUUCAUGGACGAGCUUCUGAGUCGUAACUUCCCUGUUCUCACCACUCACCACACCUCGUCGGCUCCACUCCCGAACUCCCUCUCCCGUCAUGCCUCCAUCAGAGCCGUCGUCAACAUGGCCAUGCUCAAGCUUGACGCCGAUCUCCUCUCCCACCUCCCUUCUCUCCAGCUUCUCGUCUGCACCAGCGUCGGCACCGAGCACAUCGACCUCGCUGAGUGCAAGCGCCGCGGCAUCGCCGUCACCAACGCCGGCGAAGCCUUCUCGGAAGACGUGGCGGAUUGUGCCGUCGGUUUGCUGAUUAGCGUCCUCCGUAAGAUCCCGGCGGCUGAUCGUUAUGUCCGGUCCGAGAAGUGGGUGAAAUUCGGAGAGUUCCAGCUAGGGAUCAAGCUAAGCGGGAAGCGAGUUGGGAUACUUGGACUAGGGAGCAUAGGAUCUUUUAUUGCUAAAAGACUCGAACCCUUUGGCUGCAUCAUCUCUUACAACUCGACGAUUCAGAAACAGAGCAUCACCUACCCGUACUACCCGGACGUUCUCUCCUUAGCAGCAAACAACGAAGUCAUCAUCCUCUGCUGCGCUCUGAAUGAUCAGACGCGCCACAUUGUGAACAGAGAAGUGAUGGAGUCGCUUGGGAAGAACGGGGUUAUAAUCAAUGUGGGACGGGGAGGGCUGAUUGAUGAGAAGGAGAUGGUUAAGUGUCUUGUCGAUGGUGUGAUUGGUGGUGCUGGUUUAGAUGUGUUUGAGAAAGAACCGGGAGGUCCUGAGGAGUUGUUUGGUUUGGACAAUGUUGUCUUGUCUCCACAUUGUGCGAUAGCCACGCCAGGGUCUUUGAACAAUAUUGCGCAGCUUACUUUGGCUAACUUGAAGGCGUUUUUCUCGAACCAGCCUUUGAUUUCUCCGGUUCGGUUAGAUUGAGAGAUCGUCCGGUUUGAUUAAAAGGGCUAUAAUAUUUUAGUUAUUGAACAAUAUGAUUGAGGUGAUGAUUGUUCGUUUGGUUUCUAGAUUUUGGAUUUUGAUUUUUAGUUUUUGGUUCGUGGAU